CCCGGGUACGAGACACGAGAGUAGGAGACUAUACCUGGGUACGAGACACGAGAAAACGGGUAUCUCGGUCUCGUAACAUACAUAAUCUGAAGAUGAGACAAUCAUCUGGUUUUUGAAGAUUUAUUAUAACGAGAGAUAAAUAUUGAAGAACUUAUUCUGUAAUCUUGAUUAAAUCUCUGUCGUCGUGAAGGAGAGAGGAAUACAAUGAGAGGACAUUUUGUUUUUCUGCUAGUCUUUGAUAAACACUCUAUGGAUAUUUUCACAAAACAAGAGCUGUCUAAAAAAAGGUGUGAUAAUGUGUACGGUGGUAGACAGUUCACCAUUGAAGACGGUUAUGCACUGUCUAAGGGGAUUUCUGUCUAUUCGGCACCAGAUUCAAAUGUUUGGGUUUGAUUCUAAGUUUUGACAGCUUUUAAGACCAGAAGUCAUUUUACUGUCAGCGGUUAAUCAGCGUAUAAACGUAGAGAAAACGUCUCCCAGAAUGCGACAGAAUUUAGUUUAGCAAAUGACUGGUAUUUUUCAAAUAGACAUGCUACUGCCCUGUUUCUAACCAACUUGCACUUAGAUAUUUUACACUUAGACAAGACCAUUACAAAACCACUACUGAAGUGAGGAAUAGUACAGGGGCAGGGUGUAGUCAACCUGCUUACCCGGAUUUACUAAGAGCUAUUCAACACAGCGGUAUAACUUCGCAUGACUGCAUAGUAAAAUAAAGUCCAGGUAUUGUUUUACAAAAUGACGCACAUAACUGUGGACCUUGGAUUUGUGAGUAUGCAAAACAAUGGGUUGUUAAUGGACAAUUUAAUCUGAAUGAAAAAAAAUAUAAAAUAUAAAAUAUAAAAUAUAUUAAUAUAGUUCAAAGACGUAUAGAAAACGAGUGCUGAAUAUAAGCGAUGUUCACGAAAAACCAUAGAAUAGCGGACGAGAGCACGAAGGCAAUAGCCGCGAUUGUAAAGUUUAUUGACUGAAGAAAAAGAAAAAACAACCAUAAAAAGAGGUGAUGAUAUUGUAUUUUUAACAACUGUUACAGCAUGGAGUACAAUCGAUGUUUGAACAUUUCACACAGGCCCCACCGUUACGCCAAAUAUUACAACGAACAAAACAAAGAAAAACAAUCUCUAAACCAACAGCUAUGCUGUAUUCACGAAAUUGACAUAGAUGUCAAUCGAAAGACUGCGAUACAGAACUAUGCAAACUAUGAGAACUUAAAACAUCGACAGUGCAUUGAGAACUAUGAGAACAUUGAGUAGUAGAUCUACUAGAUCUAGAACAUUAUAUGGUACAACAUGUACAUAUCAGUUCUCGUGUAAUAUACGUAUAAUCUUACAGCUGGAGAGCAAUUACGUUUUGGUUUUGAAACACAAAUUCGUACACUAAGUGCCGCGUUUGAAUAUGCAGAUUUACAGAAAUGUAUCACAUGCGAAGAGGCAUUAUCGAAGGAUGCAUUUAGAAUCAUGGAUGUUCUGAAUAGUGAGAAGAAAGAAAUUGUUGACAAGGCCAACAAGAAUAAAAGAAUUGUUAGAUUAUUAACACCUGUUAUUGUUGCGGACGAUAAUCAACAUCAGCUUACUUUGAAGUUUCGGAGUGAUAGUUAUAAAAAUUUGGAAAAAGAAAUGCCGUAUGAAAUGACAAAGUUAGAACUUAGAACUUAUUAUGAUGAAGUUAGUGCUACACUAACAAAAGACACAAAUAUCACACGUCUCAGCGAUGCAGAUGUAAUACCCAUUUCAAUUGAAGAUAAAAAAUGGUGCUUCAUCGUCAACAACAUCAAUAACAAAUGCUGGCGUUAG